AUGACGGGGUCGAUGGGGUGUGAUAACUGUGAUGCUGCUUCCGCCUUUACCGGUAGGCCGAAUAAGAUUGCGAUCCCUAGUCUUAAUGCGGCUCCUAGGGCAGACGCGAAUAACAAGGCGAGUCCGAAUGGGGCUCCUGUAGUUGAUGCGAAUAACGGGGCGAGUCCGAAUGGGGAUCCUAAAACGGACGCGAGUAACGGGACGAGCCCAAAUGGGUCUCCUACAGCGAGUAUGAAUUACAAGGCGAGUCCGAAUGCGGCUCCUACAGCAAACGCGAAUAACGGGACGAGUCCGAAUGGGGCUACUAUAGUGGAUAUGAAAAACAGGGCGAGUCAAACGAUUCCUACAAUGGCCGCAACCAGAAUGUUCAGAAAUAUGAAUUUUCACAUGGAUGUGAGUCGAAUGGCCGCUUGCAAUUUUAUGGCAAUGCCGGCGGAAACGCCGAAGGCGACACGAAGCGCAGUUGCUGAGGGUAGGCCAAAGAAGGUUGCUAAUCGAGUGGUGGUUUAUUCGAUGGGUGGCAAGUCGAAGGAAAAGCAUGGAAAGUCCUGGCUUUGCACGGGCUUUACAGAUCAAGGAUUGGCGAUAGUGGUUCCUAGAUUCACAGUUCGUUAA